GGUCAAACUGAGGCAAAGUAACUUGUGCUCGUCAACUUGGCGUCAACGUCAUCAAAUAUCAUCAUUGGGUAUUCUAGACACAACUUAUAUAUUAACUAUUCGAUUGCAACUGUUACUCCACCGAUUUGUGCAACCCAGUUGUAAAUUUCGUCAAAUGCCUCACUCUCGUCGUCGCAAAACUCAUGCCCCAGCGCUCAGCCUAUCGGACAUCCCAUCAUGGGAGAGAAAAAGCCAUUUCCCUGGCAACUCGCCCUUUUCUAGCGUUGCGUAUCUCGCAAACCGACGUCGGACUCCAUGAUUAUUUGCAGGAAGGAGAUUUUCUAUUUGCCAUAUCACCUCAGAAGCCAAACGGAGUGAAUGAGGGAUGCUACUUCGCCCUAGGAUCUUCACUGGACGGAAACAGGAAGAUGUUGCACAUUGAACCCCCCUUGCAUCCAGAAGGAGGUACUCUGUAUGUCCAUACAUUCCCGAGGCUUCUCGAGUAUGUGGAACCUGUACGCUCGCAAGUCCGAACUGUUCCUCGCCUUCCGUACCAACUUGAAAAAUCCAGUUACCUCACCUUCUGUCAUUCGGUCUUGGAUGACCAUGACAGAAUUCUCCAAGACAAAUACACGAACAAUGAACGCUCAUCCGGUGGAAGUGGCCCCGUGGGGGACGACUGGAAUUUUGACCUGCCUUCUGUCCGACCGCCAUCCAUUUAUCAAGAAUUACUUCUGUACAACCAGUGAGUUGCCUCUGCUUAGCGCACUUCAUUGCCCUCGCACGUUCUAGACUUGCAUCAGACUACUCAUGGGCGAGUAUAACUGUUGCUAUGAACAGGGCUUUGAAGUUGAGAAACGUAGGUCACUAAUUUCGUGGGAAUGUACCGCCCUUCGACGGAAAUAUCAAGGAACUUGCUCUAGCACUCUGAUCGAUAAAGAUUCCCUUUGACGGAGACCCCCCCCCCCAUAACUCAGACGGAAGGUCCCCUGGACUGGGAUGAUGAGCUCUAUGUCGAGCCUGACGUCAUCCCACGAUACAUGCCUCCUUUAUCCACUUCGUCCACUAGAAUUCUUGUUCUGGACCUCUUUGGUGCCAUCCUUG